AUGCAAGAAUUAAUCGCCGAACGUGAUGCGCAAAGGCGCAAGCGUCAAGAGCAAGCGCAAGCAUCAAUGGCCGAACGUGACGCGCGAAUACGCGAGCGUCAAAAGCAGGCGAAAGCAUCAAUCGCCGAGCGUGACGCGCGAAUACGCGAGCGUGAAGAGGCACGGGGCGUGCAGAGCGCGCAUGUCGACGAGACCGAAGCUCUCCACCAAAGAGUCGUGUCCAAAUGGACUACCCUGGGUGUGAGGAGCGCUCCGUCGCAAGACCUCCCGAGUGGAAUGGUCGAAGAAGGAGGAGACGAAGAGGAAGGAGGUACCGCUGGCGAAAUGGAGUUUCAGAUGGAGCGGCCAGGCACCCCGUUGGAACGUGACACGGCUUCUCUUCCCGAACAAUCACCAACCCGGGACGAAGACAUGGCUGACGAGCCUGGUCCCGCGCAAUCUAGUGGAGGCACCCCCAAACGGCCGGGUGACGCGCUGAAGGAGACGUCCUCGAAGAAGAAGAAGAAACCGAGCCAACGUAGCCUGGCCAAGGCCGCCUACGAAGCGACCGAUCCCGAGAAGUUCACCAUACGUUACUUCGACAAUAACGGCAACCAGGUCACGUUGUCUACGGACUCUAGCUUGGAAGGUCGCGUGCUCCGUUUCUGGAACGAAACAAGGGGUGUGGCAAGCGGACAGGGCUCAUACUGUACACGGCUCAACGGAUAUGCGAGCAACAAGCCAGUUGGAUACUGCAUGGGCUGCAGAGUCAUUUCAUCUGCCAGGUGCCAGCACAAGCAGGGCCAAGGUGAAAAUGAAGCAUGCAACGCUUGCGUAACCCGCGCACGACCAUGCAUAAACUUUCACGAUGAGGUCCUGCUUGUGUACCCCCAGUCCACGAGCCAGCCCAGCCAGCGUGGCGUGCCGGGAAAGGUCGCUUUCGGCAAGCCUCAUCGACGACUCGAGACCACAUGCAGCUUGCGUGCUCCAAGUUCCGACAUCAGCCGCCACGAGAAGCCAUGGUUCGUCAGCACGAAGAACGGGAAGACUUGGGACACACAGCCUCGACUGCUUGUUUUCGGCAUUUCCAAGGAUCCUCGCGAGCGCGACAGCAGCGCCUCCACCGUCCGCACCCUCAAUCAAAGCCGUCCUCAGACAAUCCAUCCAACACUUCGCCAGACCUUGCGGGUGGCACGAGUCUCAUUCGCCUGGCAUCCCCCCAUCCCUCCUCAGGGCCGCUCUUUAGACCCUGAUCAUCGGGACCAAGGCUUUCGAUAUCACCGAGAUGGAUCUCGCCGUCAAACAAGGUCUAUGAAGAGAAGCGUGAUGGCACAGGCGAAGCCCGACGAAGACUGCUAUCGCGCAUGUUGGCAGAGACCGAGCAGAGACGAUGAUCCACGCCAUGAGACUUCCCUUCCGUGUCUUUCAUGCAUCAGGCAGAACCCAACAACGGCGAGCACAGCCCCGAAUACCCAGCGCAUGUGCUGCAGGGCCUGUUUCUCCUGGCUACGGCUCAGAUGCGGGUCACGACUUUCAACAACUACGCGUAAUAACACAUGCUGCUUCAGGCCAACUUUGGUCAACAAGCACAAGCACCAAACCACUGAUUGUGCGUCUUCAAACGCGCGGCUUCAGGAUGCGUCUCCUGAAAUACACUGUCGCUCGGUCUCUGCGCGAGGAUGGCGUGAGAUUCAGAGAAACUUCCGCAACCUGUUGCCGUCGACACACGAUGAAGCUGCGUUCCUCACAGGAGCGUGCGGCUGCCUACCCCUUGGUGGUUGCCUCUGCACGCCAUUUCCAAUUGGACAACGCCUGUUCUCGCUUCUCUUCAACCUAUCUACGAAUUCCUUGGGCAUCAUGGCCUCGAACUCAAGCUGCUUCAAGGCUUCCUCAAUCCCGCGACCGGACAACGCCUCCGUCUCGCUAUCCACAGACCCCCGAGCCUGCUCGACUCUCCUUUCGCUCGCGUUCUGUCUUAUAUCACUAGUCCGGAGAGACUCCCACCACUCUCCUUCGCUCUCCCUCGCUCUCGGUGCCAGACUGGAGUGCACUUCUACCGUUACGAGUCGAUCGCGACUUGGGCAAGCUCCCGACUCAACUCCAUAUCCCAUGAUUGCCUUCGACUCCAGCGAUACAUAUGCCACGGUCACGGAUGCUGCUGUGGAGUUGUAUGAGUCGUCACGAAUUGCAGCCCUUGAGCAAGAGGUGGCAGUUCAGGCCACGAGAUGGCACAAUGCGUCGGAUCCCUGGUUUGAUCAACUACACUACCUUUCACGCACCCAGGGCGGGACGACGGUACAAUAUCUUCCACAAACACAGCAGACCAGACAAGGCCUUCACACUACCUGGACAAGGAGGGUAUGCAGGACGUUCAGAGGCAUGGCCAACGUCCCUGAACCUUUUAGCAACGUCAGUGAAGAAGUUUCACGAUUCGCGAAGCUGUUUCCUCCUACUCCUCACUUCCAAGACUCGAUGGCAUGGGGAGACAUAUUCACCCACAGUGCUCUUCCACGCAUAUCUGGACUUCGUUUCGCGCUUCUUCAGGGUCAGGAUGAUUGCAUUCAGCCACUACCACGGCACCGGUGCAUAUUGCAAAGACGCAUUCGCGGCACUGAGCACCGCGUCUACUCCGGCACAUCUGGCCAGAUCUUUCUAUGCACGACGAAAAUGGACGAGACCCAGACUUUCAAGAAACAGUCGGUCUCUCGGCCUCCCCCAUCAACGCAGCGAGGCACAACGGUGCUGUCGACAACGUCCGACCUCGUAGGAGCUUAUAUUGGAAGAACCAACCACGUUGCUACACCCUCUGCCUCCAUGCUGUCUGUUCAUCAUCGGAUUGAUGCCAUCACCUCCGUCCUGCUCACCAGAGAGCAACAGUCUAUUCAACAUCUGACUGAUGUCAUCACCUCCGUCCUCGCUCAGACACUCAAUCAGAGCGGAAACUGCGCAAGAUUCGGAAGACCAGACAACCAUUUCCACGCAGUUCCAUCAUUCCAAGGGACAGAUGACCUGGACAUCACCUCACCUGAACAUCGUGUUCACCAUGAAGUGGUGCAAGUACCAAAGGGAAAGUCCAAUCUCUCUGCCUUCUCCCACUGUACGAGCAACACACAACAAGGCGAUGUACAGGAGCGAUGCCAUGGCCACAUAUCACAUGAUGGAGAUCAAAUCAUCUAUCUGCGAGAUUGCCUGACAGUUCACAAGACUUGCGGACAUACCAUUGCAGAUUCGAGCUCGAAUCAAUCGGAGAAGCAACAGUCUAUUCAACACCGGACUGAUGCCAUCAUCUGCACGGACCAGACGGUCAAUCAGGAGGCAACGGCGAGUCUGCUCCACUUUCACAGCAUGACAAUGCUCCAAUUCUAUGCUCAUUCCAAUUUCGGAUUCAGCCCUGGAGUCGCUCAGAAUCCCCAUCCAACAGGAGGCUGCGCAGCUAUCAGGAGAAACGGCGAACCUCGCCCUCUUCGUUGGGCCAGAAAGAUACCAUGGAGCAAUCCACAGCUCCAACAUCGCACUCUUCUGACACACAACAAGUUCAACCUUGCCUACAGUGCAACAAAACUCGAAGAGUUACAGAUACUCCUUGCCUGCAAGCUACUCACUCAACUCCUGCCACAUAUCAACAUGUCUUUCAAAAAGAGACCAGCUUUCCCCGUCCGGUUCUACAACAAGCCGCUUGAAGCUGGCGACUCGAUCGAACUCGACGUUAGGGUCCCCCUUGUCGUCGACAUCACUCACGCGAAGUCGUUCUCAAGGCACGGGGCUAGUUCAAGCACCAGCAACUCAGCCGUCUCACCCCUGCUGCUGCCGGGCACAGAGAGUCUACAGGACUUUCAGGGACGGACAAGAGACAACAUCAACAUGGCCCACAUGCGACCUGAUGGGACAACCACAUCCAAACCUUCAGUCUUUGAGAUUGCUCGAGCGCAGAGAGUCUGCAGGACUUUCAGAGAUGUCAUCAUAUUCUCGAACGAGAUUCGCUAG